UUGGUGAGGGUGAUGAGGUCAUUUUGUCAACAACUGGAAACUCAUACCCAUAUGACGUGAAAUUUCGUUAAAAUCAGCGCUAUUUUAGGAACCAACCACACGUUUUACCAAUGUCAAUUCAUUCUUAGUAGUCAGAGUGACUCGACUUACAGUUCAUAACAUGGAAGAUAUUGUGUUCAACGUUAAAUUUGAAGGAGAAACCAUAGACCCCGAAAUAUUCUGUCUGCCACCACAAACAAAAUGGAUGGACCUAGAAGCAAUGUUGAAGGCCCAGUAUGACUGCGAGCAUGUACAGAUAUUUUACAUUGACCCUGAAGGAGACUACGUUGCCUUCUGCAGUCAAGAGGAGUUGGAGGAAGCAGUUCGUAUUGCGGACAAAUUUUCAAGGACUUUACACCUGAUUGUCCGUGACUUGGGCCCUGACCCAGAACCUGAUAGAAUUGCACCCAUAAACACUCCAACAGAAGCCGGAAAAUCAGACAAGGCUGAUACUGCGACCACAGUGAAACCAACACAGGAAACAGAAGGGCCAAAGGUCAUAGGUGAGGGGGCAAAGGUGAAAGAUGAUGGGUCAAAUGUGGAUGGACAAAUGGCGCCUGAAAUGAUCAUACAUGUUGACGAUGCAACUGGUGAAAUGACAGAAACAACUCGUGUUGAAGUUCCUUUGGAUACGAUCAUUGAAAUGAUCGGUAAAACUGCUUCACAUCCACAUGAUGUGAUAGACGAGACAGGGGAAACCACUCCGCUCCUCCCGACCAUUUCUGAGGACAAACCACGCCCAUCAGAUAAAAAACUUGAGAAGAAGGUGAAAACAAGAAAGCUGGUGAAGGAAUCUCGCAGACAGACCCAGAGUGCUGACCGCGGUGCAAAACCCAAGAAGUUGGCCCUCGAUCUUGAGUCAGGAGAGUCGGACGAAGUUGCAAUGCCAUAUUCAGUCUUUGUCAAGUUCAUGCAACAGCUGAAGAUGGAGCUGAGAACUGAGAUUGUGAAAGACGUCACAAAGAAGACUGUUCGUCAUGUCCUAAAGGGGCUAGAUGGCGCUGUCAUCCAGUCAGUAAAGGGAACCAGUGAGGUUGACCCAGCUGUGACGUCACCAACAGGUGGACAAGGGGAGGCUACUCCCAAAACAGAAACUCCUUCAAGCCAUCCCAUAUAUUACCAUGAGGGUAUCAUUUGUAACUUCUGCGAAAGAGUCAUAGUUGGGGUCCGAUACAAGUGCUGUUAUUGUGUCGACUACGAUCUUUGUGAAGAGUGCGAGGCUGUUAACGGAGUUCAUGAUUCAGACCAUGUAUUCCUGAAACUCCGCAAACCAACCACCAAAUUACGCCGUUUAUCUCCACUCUUCAAGACCUCUUUGUACCCCCAAAGGGAGGGAACUCCUCGCGACGAAGCAAUUCCUGAGGCACUUCCACAGGAACAAGUCAAUCAGGAUUGCAUGACACAAUUUCUUCAGUCUAAGUUUGAGAAGAUACAGGAGAAAACGGCUCGCAAACAGGAAAGGCUGAGGAGAAAAGAAGAAAAACUACUACACAAACAGCGCAGGAAGGAAGAACUUCUCAAACGAAGACUGGACACACAGCGUGACGAGCCACUGAAGCGUGAACGGCUGGAACUGCCCUUCAAGAGAAAUGUUGGUUAUGAUGCCUCGUUCCUGUAUGACGUGACCAUCCCGGACGGUACUAAUGUCCAGCCCGGAACCAAACUCCUCAAAACCUGGCGGAUGAAGAAUACUGGAAGUCAUACCUGGAAUGAACGCACAAAGCUCCACCUGGUAUACGGAUCUUUCCCAUCCCUCAACAGACAUCAGGAUAUGGAUAUUUUGCCACUGUCCCCAGGAGACGAAGCUGACAUCUCUGUUCAACUCACUGCACCAGAGAGGCCAGGCAAGUAUCAGAGCCACUGGAAGAUGACCCAGUCUGGAAAACAGUUCGGUCACCGUGUGUGGUGCCUGAUCACUGUGGUACCACGAGAGGUUCUGGAACCAACACAGGAUGGCCCGUUGAAGUUGGUAUAUGAUCACGACACUGUUCAGAAUGAGGCUGCACCUGAAGAACAGGUGAUGGAGAAAUCAUGUGAAGAGGCUGAACAUUUCACUGAGAGGAAGGAAACUGAGGAACUGCUCACUGUACGGGAAGAGAUUGUCACUAAAAAGGAUGUUGACCUGAAAGAGGAGUAUGAAGAGGUCAGUGGUGAAGAGGUCAAAGAUGAAGAGGUCAAGGAUGACGAGGUCAAGGAUGGAGACAAGGUCAAACUUGAGCAGGAUUUAAGUACAGCUGCUGCAGCAGUCGCUCAACUGAAACUGGAUCAGUGUCAACAGCCUGUGACCAGCGAGACGGGACAAGACCUCAUGUCCUUUGAACUGCUGAAUCUGGCCAACAGGGGGAGCCACAAGGUUUCUCAGACCGCUACACCCAACAACACACCUCUUGAUGUGACCCCACCCAAAUCCCCAGCCCCUGAGCUCGAGGACAUCAAAGCCCUGUCGACCAGCAGCAGCGUCGAGGUGGUCAAUGCUGAGCCUGAGGAUCUAGAUAGAGAUGACCACCUGUCCGGUCAAUAUGUCCGUGACAUCAUGGACAAUCUGCAUGCUCCUAAACUUGAUGAUGUUGACAUUGAGUCAUUGAAGAGUUACACUGACGAGGAUGACUCCAGCCUUAGUGAGGACGAUGAUUUCCUCAUUGUGCCGAUGCCCGCAUGCUUUGAUUUCAGCAAACCAGUCAUCUCGCGUUCCAUUAUCGAUGAUUUCUCUGAUGAUGAUGAUGCGGAUGAGGAAGAGGAUGUAGAAAUCGAGGAAGUUGAUGACAACCAUAAUACAAUCACAACCAGAGGCUCAUCUGUGGAUGAUUUGCUGACCACGUCCGGAGCUUUGUCCACCCAGCCACUUGACCCAAAGCCUGUAGAGGAGAAAGUCAACAGUCAAGAGGAAACUCCAGACCGUGAACCAUCAGAGCCAUCCGUUGUUGCUGCAACUGCAGCUGAGAUGCCACAGAAAACUGACCCAGAGGAGACUGUUGUUAUGACAGUUUAUUCAUCAGCGGCAGGAGCAGCCGGGGUUUACGACGAAGCGCCAUCACACACUGGGUCAGGUGUAAGUAGUGGCUCAGUGGAAUCUGAUGAAGGGGAGGUAACUAACAUGAAGGAGCCAAUAGAGGAUGUCCAUCCUGCUGAUGGGGGAGUGGCCACUAAUGACCAGUCAGAGAAUGGAGCAACCGCGGAGAACAGAUUUGACCACGACUCAACUGGUCAACAUGGAGUUCCACCGGACAUGUUUGUGAACCAGGUGAUGGCCACAGCGGUGAAGGCAGCAAACAAGGCUGCGUCCAACGCUUACACAACCUGUAAGGAGGUCUUUUACACCUGGCAGGCUCGAGCAUACCAGAAUGGUACACGCCAGCCUGGGCAGAAAUACAAGCCACCACAAUCAACCUGGAAACCCAAAGAGGAAAAGGACAAAGUUCCAACUGUAAACCAACCUGAUACAGCCACUGGUCAACAAGGCAACACAUAUGUCCCUCCAAAAUCUGCUUGGAAACCGCAGGAAGAAAAAUACAAGCCCCCAACAUCUGAUUGGAUGCCUCCGCAGGACAAGUGGACACCCCCUGAGGAUAAGUGGGCCCCAGACAGCAAGAAAUCGGAAACAGAGGAGAACUGUCCAAUGACAAAACUUAUCGAGAUGGGAUUUUGUAAUCGGGAGAUGAACCAGAAACUGCUGGAGAAACACGGCCAAAACGUUGAGGCGGUCAUACAGGAACUUCUUUCUGAGGCUGACAAUGACUGGAUGGAGAGACGCCACUAGGGAAACGGGAUGGGUACAAAGGGACAGUUGGGGUUAAAAGGGUUCAGGGUUAGGGUACAAAGGGCCAGAGUUGGAGUUAAAAGGGUUCAGGGUUAGGGUAAAGCAAGGGUUAAGUGUGGAGUCAGUCAAAGAGACUGGUAAAUAAAGGACAAAAAAGGGGUUGAAGUGUCAGGAAAAGUUACUUUUUUUUUUUGAAAUUGUCGGGGGAUCAGAUUGAAGAAGGCUUAAAGGAAAAGUUACUUCUUUUUGUUGAAAUUGUCGGGGGAUCAAAUUGGAAAAGGCUUAAGCUUCACAUGUCCUAUAUAUAUAUCAUAGUAAUGGCCUGGAAAAAUUGUAAUAAGGACAUUAAAUCAGAAUGUAUGAUGUGAUUUAUUAUGUUGGAUAAUGGGACUAAAUAUAUAAUGCUUUCUAUAAUAUCAAGAGGUACAUGCUAUACCGAGACAGACAAAAAGUCUCAACUUGUAAUGUUUUUAACUAGAGGUAUGCUAUCCUGACACCGACAAAACAUUCUCAGUGUCAAUUUAUUUUGCUUAGGUAUGCAAUUAACAAACUGAAUAACUAUGUGUGCUACAAUAAUUUUUGAAAGACAGAUUGAUGUAAAACACUUUUGUUACCAGCACCGAGUUGGCUACUGUAACGAGCUUGUCUGUUGGUGAUCUGGAAUGGCGUCUGUGGACGUGGCAAAAGGGUUUCCUGGCCAUCGUUUGGUGUAAAUACUUUUGGAUUAUAUACGUACACAUAACAUUUUAUGAUUACGCCAGUGAUAAUUAUGGUUAAUUUAGUAGCAUAGUUAUAUUUUAUGAUGAAAAUUGUUAACUUAAUUGGCACAUUAAAUGAAUUUGCUACAUGUUCAAAGCUUCUGUCUAGCUGUAAGUUGAAUUCAAUAACAUUUCUGAUAGGUCCCAUGCACUACUAGUUAAUAUGAAUAUGGGUUUUCAAAUCAUAUUGAAGCUAAGAAACUCUUUUUCAUCAGUAGAUUUUAAGACAUUAUUGAGAAUUAAUAUCCAUUUGAAAAUUAAUGAGUUACAGGGAAAACCCUGGAAUUUGAGAGCAUUGGGCCAUUUUUUAGUCAAUAUCAAAAUUAAGAAGAGCCAUUCUAUGUAAAAAUAAAAGAUGAUUGGAAGGUGGAGGGGGACAGUUUCACUUAUGAAGGGUCAAUGGCCCCAUGGCCCCGCCCCCUCCAGGAUUAUCCCUAGAGUUAUAAUACAAAUAAGUUUUUGCCAGUUGUUAGAAGCCCGUUUUUCAAACAAGAACCUGUUAAAACAAGGCUACAAGCAACUAUUAGUGUUUUUUGCCACUCGGCAAGUCAAAAUGAUAUAAUUAAUGAUUAUAAUUGUUAUGUGAUAAUGGUAUGUAGAAUGUAUUCUUUAUUUAUAAAAUUGAUGUGUGUACAGAUAUAUGUUACAUUUACUCAAGUCAGUUCGAUAUUUUGUGUACUACCAUGUUUGGAUGUUUUUAUUUGUUUGGAUUUUGUUGCAACUUUAAAUAAUUGUUUACAUCUUUUUUGCCCUCAAAAUGAAAAUUUUCUCUAGUAUUUCUUUCCAUGCUAAAAUAGCGAGUUUGUGCUAUUUAUUUCAAUAUCUGUUGAAGUCUUGACUUGCAUUGAUCCAUGUCAGACGCGUUACAAGUUUGUAGUUUUUCCUGUUCUUGUAUCUUUCAAUGACUGUCAAAGGACUUUUCAUUAGUGUUUGUUUCCGUGCUAAAAUAGCGAGUUCAUGCUAUUUCAUUUCAAUAACUGUUGAAGUUUUGACUUGCAUUGAUCCAUGUAAGACGCGUAACAAGUUUGUACUCUAUGUACAAUGCAUUGUUCUAUUUUUCUGUUGUUGUUUACAGAUUAUGGAAGGGAAUUCUUUGUUAAAUAUAAAUAUUUUUUGUGCUGUUUCAUCUUCAGCCUUGAACUUUUAAGCUUUUAUUUGUUGAAAUAAACGGAAUGUUUGUAAUUUGAUACUUAUCUGUAUCAAAAGUUGCCCGCGUCGAUAGCAGUGACCAGGUAUAGCAAAAGUUGUUGAGAGCAUUUGUCAAGAACAAGGAAGUCCUGGGUUCAAAUCUCAUUUUUCCUUUCCUGUAAUAUAGCAAUAGUACUUUUAGGUUAUGGGACGAGUGCCAGUCCUAAAACAAAUAUCUCAAAUUUGUGCAGUCUUUUUAUAAAAAAAACCUGUUUUAACUGCUAGCCAUGGCUGCAUUGAAAAGGGGGAGUGAACUGUGCAUGCUUCAUGUUACUUCGGCUCCUGUGAAAAGCUUUUCUUGUCAUAUUUAUUGUUGAUUUCCCUUGGUAAUGGCACGUCUUGUACAAACCUUUACUAUUUGGACCUUGUCCUACAUGUAAUAGGGGUGGAAGUGUUAUGGCUUUUUAUGUAAAUUGUCAUUUUAAAAGAUUAUGUGAAUUUUGAAAUAUGUUGCUUUGUAUUGUAAGUUUCAAUAAGAUAAGACCAGUAAUGGAAGUAAAUAUUGGACUUUGUGUGAAAAAUUCAUUUUGAUCUUGAAGGGAGAAGGUAAUCUUGAAAGUGUGGAAGUUAGUAUAGAGAAGAGUUGGAAUUUAUUAUGUAAGGGGUCUUAGACAGGGAAAGGUCAGGUUUGGAGAAAAAAUGUGGAUUUUUUUACAGGAGGAGUUAACAGAAAGAUGAGAGUGAUGUACAUGUAAGAAAGUCUAUAGGUCUGUGAUAUUAUAAUGAAAUGUUUAUAUAUGUUGACUUGGAACCUUGACCUUUGAGCCGGAGUUAUCUUUCCCUGUGUGGUUAAUACUAUAGUGGUUCAUGGUCAAUCAGUACAAGUCCUGCCAGCAAAACUAGUGCUAAAACUGUAUAUAUAUAUGAUGUUAAUUGAUGUUUAUAAAAGAGUUGGACAAUGAUAGAUAAAAAUCAGCUUAUUUUUCUGAGAAUGCUGAACUCAUUCACCCCUGAUCUCUUAUAAUGAACUAUUCCAACCUUUGAAUUGGAAGAGUUAAAAUAUGUAUUCAGGGGCGAAUGAGUUAAGUGGUUGGCAUGUGCUUUCCAACACCCUCUACUUUUAACAAAAUCUAUCUGUGAAGGUUCCUUUCCUAUAAAAAUAAAUUGUAUGAGGACAUUUUUUUUCCUAACUUAAAACUAUUCAAUAAUUUCAAUACGUGUUUAGACAUUUGUCAGGCAAUACUACUGCUGGUAAUUUGACAGAUAAGGGCUCAAAAACUGAAAAUAUACUUUUCACAUUUAUUUUGGAUUUUUUACUGGUCGUAAUUUCAAAACUUGUCUGAAAAAUUAAGGAAUCUUAAAAUUCGCAUUAAAAAUGAUACCAUAGUACAAAAUUUAAUCAAGAUAGGGUUUAGUGGGGUGCGUGGCAGUUGCUAGCUUUAGAGGUGUCGUUUCGUUUCCAAUCUGCAUUUAAUAGACGGGUAAUGGAUUUCCAUCGGCUACGUGUACCAGUGAAUAUGUAAAACUGUUGAAUAUUACCUGUCAUUGUACCAAGAAACAAUUUUAUGAUGUAAAUAUUGUGAAGAGAAAACUUUGAUACUAAUUGUUAGUAUAUUCACAUUAAUGAUUCUAUGUUUAAACACGUGCUGAUUGAGUUGUAGUGCGAGUGUGGUGAAAGUAGCACCCUAUCUGUUGAUAGACGAGGUCAUUUUUUUGACCACUGAGGUCAUUCGCUGAAAGAGGUCAAGUUGUAUGGAGGUGUUGGACGUAACACAGUAUUUGUUGGUUGACAAGAUGAAAGAGACAGAGUGUUUUCUACAGUGUAUUUGAUAUGUAAUGAUUUAAUGCCCAUAUAUGGAGUUACGUUGACCACGCCCACUACAACAAUCACUGAUGAGUCUUUAGUCUGUGUUUUAUCUGUCUUUCAAUGGAAACUGAACUUGAAUAUGUAUGAAAAUAAAAACAGCAAAAUUAA